UUUUCCUUACGCAAUAUACAGAAAUGCGCGAGGCGGUGGUUGGUUUUCAUUUCUUCUUCGUGGUUGUGUGCAUGCGGUGAGAUUGUGCGAGUGCGUGCGCGCGCCGUGGGCCAUGUCCGCGGCUCGCCGGUGCGGUCCCCUCGCAGGGAGGCGGCGUGUCCGCGUGCUCUGGUGUCCGCGCGGGGUCGGUGCGCGGAUCGGGGUGCCUCGGGCCCCUUCUGCGUUUUCCUCGUCGUCGGUGCUGGUGCACCGUGGCCUUCUCGACGUGGAUCUGGCGCUGUGCGUUUGGGCCGUGUGCUCUUGGCGCGGCUCGUCUUUGCUGCGGUUCGUUGUUGAGCCGGGCGAGUGCACUCGCCGCGGAAUCGGCUUGUGCGCGCGAGAGCGCUGGCCUUGGAUUUCGUUGUGCCGCGGUGGGCAGUGCGGACCUCGCCAGGCUUGAAGCCAACCGAGCAGCGCUCGCCGCCCAAGCCCGCGCCUUCAAGCUGGGGGCCGCCGACUUCGGUUCCCGCCACACCCGGGCUGCGUCCAUUUCUGCCCACUCCUGUCUGGCAGCAGCCAGCUCUGUUCUGGGACCGAAGCUCCAGCCUGACCCGGAUUCGGAGCAAACCGCGUAGACACGUCCGUGGUUGGGAAACAGACUCAGCCUCGCUGAUCCAGACAGAUCCGUGCUGCAGGGUCUCACGCUAUUCCAGGCGGUGGGCCACGGGUGGCCACGGUCCGAGCCUGGCUAUUCCUGAUUGGUCAGGUGUGGGGUCUUUUUAUGGGAGGGGGUGGGGGAAGCUCCACACCUGCAGGCUGGGCCAGAAAGCUGUUUACCAUUCCCUGGACUGGUUGGCGAGGACAUGAGGAUGACGGAGCGGCCGCCGAGCGAGGCGGCCCGCAGUGACCCCCCGCUCGAGGGACGGGACGCGGCCGAGGUCCGCAUGGCCCCCCCGCACCUGGUCCUGCUCAACGGCGUCGCCAAGGAAACGAGCCGCGCGACCCCCGCGGAACCCCCGGUCAUCGAGCUGGGCGCUCGCGGCGCGGGGGGCGGCCCAGCCAGCGGGGGCGGCUCAGCGCGGGACACCAAGAGCCGCGAGGCGGCAGCGGCCGAAGCGCGCCAUCGGGUGCCGGUACCCACCACCGAGCUGUGCCGCCCUCCCGCGCCCGCGCCCGCGCCCGCGCCCACCGAGCUGCCCCCCGACGGCCGCAUGGUGCAGCUAAGCCCGCCCGCGCUCGCCGCGCCCGCGGGCCCGGGCCGCGCGCUGCUCUACAGCCUGGGCCAGCCGCUGGCGUCGCUCGGCAGUGGUUUUUUUGGGGAGCCUGAUGCCUUCCCUAUGUUUGCCACCAACAACCGAGUGAAGAGGAGACCCUCCCCCUACGAGAUGGAGAUCACGGAUGGCCCCCACACCAAAGUCGUGCGGCGCAUCUUCACCAACAGCCGGGAGCGCUGGCGGCAGCAGAACGUGAACGGGGCCUUCGCGGAGCUGCGCAAGCUCAUCCCCACCCACCCUCCGGACAAGAAGCUCAGCAAGAACGAGAUCCUCCGCCUGGCCAUGAAGUACAUCAACUUCCUGGCCAAGCUGCUCAACGACCAGGAGGAGGAGGGCAGUCAGCGCGCCAAGCCCGGCAAGGACCCCGGUGUGGGGGCGGGCGGAGGGGGCGGGGCCGGGGGCGGCGCGCCCCCUGACGACCUCCUGCAGGACGUGCUCUCCCCCAACUCCAGCUGCGGCAGCUCCCUGGACGGGGCGGCCAGCCCGGACAGCUACACAGAGGAGCCGGCGCCCAAGCACACGGCCCGCGGCCUCCAUCCCGCCUUGCUGCCUGCCGCGGACGGAGCAGGUCCCCGGUGAUGGGCCCCCGGACUGGCCAGGCGGGUGUCCCAGGCCUGUGGGCCCCGGGGCUUCGGGACAGGUGGGCUGAGAACUGGACAACCCUGAGGCAGGGCAGUGAACUUGAGCUUUCCUUGAUGGUUAAACUUCCGGAAGCCCUCCGCCCCCUGCAGCUGGCCGCCCCAUUUCUAGCCUUGGUAGGAGACUGGAAGGACGGAGCAAAGUGGUACUUUCAUGACGACGACGGCACGGUCUUGCCCC